AUGCAAUACGUCGGCUGUGUCCUCAUCCCAAACUUCAACACGGUCUUCAGCCGUCUACUGGGCGACGCUACUCUGACUCCUGGCAAGUGCCAGCGAUUCUGCAGCGAUCUUGGUUCGACGUACGGAAGCCUAUACGACGGUUACUACUGCAGAUGUUCAAUUGUGCCCGAGACGGUAGCGCCUGUCAUCAUUACAGUAGCCGAAACUCUAUGCAACAGAGUCGGUUGCUACGUGCGGAACCAGCAGUACCACUGCCACGACAUUGUCUUCAUCCUCGACGAUGACCUCUCAGACAACCACGGACACGUCUUUGACAUCGUCGUCACCGACGUCAACCUCCUCCGUCUCCUCGUCAUCUUCGUCCUCCUCAACGGACUCAACAACGUCGGCCUCAACAACCUCAACGACCUCGACAACUUCAACGACCUCGACAACCCCAACGACCUCAACGACAAGAACGACGUCGAUCUCCUCUUCAACCCCUACGUGGCGAAUCAACCAGUCGACUGUCAACAGUACUGCAAGACCAACAGGCGAACGAUCACCAUGAUGUCAAAGUUUCUCUGCAUUUGCAGUGUCCUGGUGCCGGGAGCGGUAACACCGUUCUCAUCGGAAAUUCUCCCAAACGAUAACUACUGCACAAAUCCGUGCAGCUCGUUCCCCUCGGCGCCUUCUGGACGAGAGCCUCCUCAACUCUACGAGUUCGAGUUCAUCUUCGACCGUCUCCUCUACUUCGACUACGUCUUCUCUUUCGUUGAGUUCGGAUACAUCGGUUUCUGGCACCAUAAUCUCAAGCACUUCUUCAUCAUCGUCGGCGUCAUCUUCAACAUCGUCCCAGGGAUCAUCAAGCAGCGGCAGUUCGCUCUACUACUCAAAUACAACCUCUCUCGCGACAACUUCAAGCCAGUCAGCGACCUUGAGCACUUCAGCCUCGACUACACCAGCGUUAAGCGUUCCCAGCAGCGGAUCCCCCCUUACAACUCUACCGCUUUCUUCAAUGUCUCCUACUCCAGUCUCUGCUUCAAUCCCUUCUGA